UCGAGGGUGGGCAGAAUGAAUCCCGCGUGGGCCGGGCGGACGCGACUCCGGGGCGGGGCGCGGGGGGAGGCGGCGAGGGGCAGGGUGGACACAGCCUUGCCCUCCCCCUCGGCGGGAAGACGGAUGGUCCCUGGAGACGGCUGCCCCCAUCGCCCCGGCUCGGCUCGCCGCGCGGAGACGUCAGAGCGCUCGGGGCCGCGGCGCGGGAGCCCCCCGCCCCGCCCCCGCCCGCGCCGCCGUAUAAAGUCGGGGCCUGGCGGCGGCGGCGGCGGCGGCGGCGACGCUCUGCGAGUCCCGGUCCUCGGCCGCCGCUCCGUGCCGAGCGCGCACUCCAGCCUCCCCGCCCGCACCAUGCGCCGCCGCCAGCUCCCCCUCGUCCUGCUGGCGCUGGUCCUCUGCCAGGCGCCCCGGGGCCCCGCCGCCCCGCUGCCGGCGGGCACGGGCACCGCGCUGGACAAGAUGUACCCGCGCGGCAACCACUGGGCCGUGGGGCACCUGAUGGGGAAAAAGAGCACGAGAGAGUCCCCGUAUGUUUAUGAAGGGGGGAGUCUGAAGCAGCAGCUGCAGUAUAUCCUUUGGGAAGAAGCUGCAAGGAAUUUGCUCAGCCUCAUGGAAGGAAAGGGGACCGGAAGCUAUCAGCCGCCUCAAAGGGAGCUCCUGGCCAUCCGCCAGUCCCCUUGGGAUUCCCAGGAUGGCAGCGCCUUUAAAGUUGUAGGUUCAAAACGUAAAGUGAUGGGCAACUUGUACCUUAAACUAAGUCCUGGCCCGAGCAGUUUGCCCGCAUUUUCUCUGUGAAUGCUCACAGCAGCCUUCGGAGGAAGAUUCGAGAAAAUCCUACUGUUCUCUCCAUUUUAAAGGUGAGGAAACAGAGUAGGCACAUAGCUCUUCAGCGGCGAGAGCAGGGCAGGGGCCGGCACUGUGUCCCUUGGACGGUAUGCUGCCGUGUGAGACGUCUCCUGGGGACCAGCUGGUCCUCGCUGACCUCAAAUAUGAAGGAUGCAGGCUACAGAAGUAGCGUGAAGGACCUCGGGAGGAAGACUCUAGUAGCCUUCAUUCACAAAGAAAAUCUGGAUUAAAUCAACAGAUACAGAAAUAAGUAGCAACUUUGCACAAAGUCCUGAGUGAUGCUCUCGCUCACAUCUGCGGUCUAGGUGUCACGACCGGCUCCCUUCUUUGUUGGGGGGUGACAUGGCCCCGAGAGCUUGGGGGGGGGGGGGGGUUGUGACUGACUUCUCAGCCCCUGGCUGAGGCCUUUUCUUGGUCAGCUGACUUUGUGGACUUCCUGUGGCUGGAUGUCCAACAGCAGUGCCUUCCCCUUUGAAGACUAAUGACAAUUGCCAUCACAAAACCCUCCAAAGCAAUUUCACAGACGCUGAAAUGGACGUACACUCAUAGCUCAUGCGUUUUGUUUUAAUUUGAUUUUAAUGUUUAUUUAUUUUUGAGAGAGAGAGAGAGACAGAGCAUGAG